AUGCAAGGCUUCUACGGUCUGUCCCUCGUUGACUACAACCAGUAUCCACACAGGCUUGUCGAGGACGAACGGCAGCUGGCCGCCCUCUACUGGACUUGUGUGCAGCUUGAGUUCGAGAUCAACGCGGAGACAGGUCAAGCCCCGUCUGAGCUUCAUCGGUAUCAAGCCGUGGUGCCAACACCAGAUUCUGAUGUUUUGAGAUUUCCACGUGAUAAUGGCGACGACACCAUGAUGGCCGGCAUGGAGGCAGUCGUUGAUGUUGAGGCCGAAAGUGAGACCGAGAGUGAGCCUGCGGCCAUUGGCGGCUUCAAUAUGCAGACCGCCCUGCGAGGUCACCUCAACUGCAUCUACGGUGAGGCACACGGGGACAACGGUUUACCAACCCAAGAACAAAAACGAAAAAUCGACAUGGCUGUUGCCAACCUCCGGCGGCAGUUCGAUGCCGUCUUGUCAGGCCGUGCAACAUUGCCCCACACAGAGGCCAGUGUCCGGACGGCUCGCGCGUGCUCCGCCUAUUGGGAAGCCAGGUCCUACGGUGUGCUCUUCAGCCUGCUCAAGCCGCAGCAACAGGUCGACAUGGAGGAGAUGGCCGAGGUCGUGUGCAGUAUAACCGAGACGAUCAGGGCGUACCAUGGCCUCGAGAGCGACCGUCUCAUACUGCCCAACGCAUUUGGGACAGCUAUGCUCCAAUGCCGCUACUUGCUGCUCCUUUUCGCAGCUUCCCGCGCACUGCCCGCCCUGGCGGCCUUUGUUGACGAUGUCUCCCUACGCGAGCUGAUUGACCACACACUGCUGUCGUUCCAGGAGCUCCUCAUGUUCCGGGACAUUCUAGAAGCGGCUCGGCAAGUGCUGAAAACAAUCCGAGCAAGACUGCAGCCGCAUGGAGGGAGCGGCACCGCAAUGCAACCAGGCCCUGGCACCAUGCCCGAGCUGUCCCUGUAUUGCCCACCAUUCAGGACAGUGCCGGGGAUCGCCUCGAGCAUUCCAACGGCCAGCACGAUGGACUCAUUUAUCUCAUUCCCGACCCCCAACUCGCCCCACCUUUUCCCGUCCUCUGCUUUCACGUCUCCGCAGCAUUCGCCCAGCAUCUCGGCCACGUCGUCUUCCCCGUCCCCACGGUCGGCCACGUUUGUGCCAGGCAGCCUGCCAUUCCGGCCUGAGACCUUGGCCAUUCUCGCCCCAGCAUCUGGCCCAGGACCCAUAUCGCCGGGUGCCGUCUAUCCGCGUCCUCCAAAUGCGGCACCGCCAGUCAACGCCUUGCCCAUCCAGGCGGAGCGGGUACCGGCCAACGCGGCCGAUUUUGACGGCUUUGCCUACCAUCUGGGGCUGUCUCUCUUUGGACGACGUUGA